GUAGCAGUUUGGCUUCAGUCAGCGGGUAGUGCUUGGCCUGCUUAGUACGGGUAGCCGCGGUGCAUUAGUGCAUAGCUAGCCGGUGUAUGGAGUUGCGAAGUACCGGACUUCCCGUGGAGGGAGUCACCGCCCUUCCAGGGGAUAAUGACGACUACGAGACCUUACCGGCUGGGGCAUCCCCUGUUACGCAUAUGCUGGCUGGUGCGGUUGCGGGGGUCCUGGAGCACACCGUAAUGUACCCCGUGGACUCGGUCAAGACCCGAAUGCAGAGUUUGCAGCCAGACCCCAAAGCCCAGUACAAAGGUGUUGGGGAGGCCCUGAAACGCAUGGUGCGGACGGAGGGUUUGCUGACGCCCCUAAGGGGGAUCAACGUGACUAUGCUGGGAGCGGGCCCGGCCCACGCCUUGUACUUCGCCUGCUACGAGAAGAUGAAAACCACUAUAGGAGGCAUGAUCAAUCACGCUGGCAACAGCCAUGUGGCUAAUGGGGUUGCAGGAAGUUUGGCAACGCUUCUUCACGAUGCCGUCAUGAAUCCAGCGGAAGUGGUAAAACAGAGAAUGCAGAUGUACAACUCUCCCUACAGAAACAUGCUGGACUGCAUUCGGACCGUUACCAAAACAGAAGGAGUGGGCGCUUUCUAUCGCAGCUACACCACUCAGCUCACCAUGAACAUCCCCUUUCAAGCCAUUCACUUCAUUACGUAUGAGUUCACUCAGGAACGGCUCAAUCCGCAGAGGCAGUAUCACCCUGGCACACACAUAGUGUCUGGAGCCAUUGCCGGGGCAGUGGCCGCUGCAGCCACUACUCCUCUGGAUGUGUGCAAGACUCUACUCAACACACAAGAAUACGUGGUCGUUAGUUCUGCUCACGUCAACGGACACCUCUCUGGCAUGGUCAAUGCUUUUCGGACGGUGUACCAGUUGGGUGGCGUAGCAGGGUACUUCAAGGGAGUGCAAGCCCGGAUCAUAUAUCAGAUGCCUUCCACCGCCAUUGCGUGGUCUGUGUACGAAUUCUUUAAGUAUUUUCUAACCCAACACCACUUGUAGGCCUCGGACUGACUGUACACCGGAGACUCCGCACUAGAUGGGCAGAAUCAUUGCGCGAGAGGGUGCAAAGCUGCCAUAUAACGUUAUUCCAUUUGGAGCAAGUCACGCCGGAUACCAGCUAGUCGCAAUGUGGGCUUCAUUUCAAGAUUAUGUAAGACCCCCAAGGUGUGGCUUAGGGACCGGACGCGUUGGGUCGUAUUUAUAAAGAGCAGUCCCGGUAGUAAAAUACUAAAUAUAGGCGAUCAGAAUCAUUCCAUUUCUUUUCAUGGUGAUUGUUACUCAAAACUGCUUUUUAUAAAUAUGGUCUGUUGAAUGCCCGCAGGGGGUGUUAUGAAGUAUAUUGCGUCUCAUUCGUACCUGACAUCGUUACAUGCAAAAUGGGGGGUAAAGGUGUCUACCAUCAACUCAAAAGCUCUUGCUAACGCUUCUACGGAUAAUGCCUCAAUGAGUGAUUAGCGAAUGUGUUGGCGUUCUUGCUGUAAUGGAUUGUGACUCCAGCAGUGCUGUGUAGUUCUUCCGCUGUAACGGCAGACUGUGCGAUUUAAAGAGAUUCGCCGUUCACGCCGUUGAAAAGUUGUGCACGCGGCGCCCUUUCCCAAUAUAUAUUUUAUUUACAUAUUUAAUAUUUUAAUAGAAUUUUUAAAAUGAACUCCGCACAAGUCCGUUGAUUUUUUGUUCUUUUUAGCAUCGAUAUUAUUGUUGAACAAAUAGAAGCUGCACAUCAACGCUGAAGUUUAUAUUCUCGCUCGUGCGACCUUGGGGUUGCAUCUCAUUCAAUGUAAAAAUGUUCGUAGAGAUUAAAUCUAUAUUUUUAUGUAUAUAAUAUACAGUAUAAUCAAUGAGUGUA